GCACGGUCUUUAGUAAGAUUUAUUAGCGCGGUUAAUGUAACCGUAAUCUAAAAAGUUGUAGACCCUAAUCUAAUGGCCUAACGUCAUCCAGCAUCAUUGGAGUUCAUUUAAAAGUAACAUUUUAUUCCUUUGUAGAGUUUAUAUUGGACAUCAUCAAACAAGACGGAUUGAUGGCGGCAGAAAAUGGUAAUAAUAUUAAUCUUCGGAGAUGCGGAAACAUUGGAGAUGAUGAAGAAGAUAGUUUAUCGAUCGUCGAUGUCUUGAAUGAGCAAGCUCGAUUAGAAGCAGAAGCAGAUGCUGUGUUAGGUGGAAGUGAUGAAAAAAAUUGCACAUAUCCUAAAGGCCCCUUGAAGCGGCAAGCUCUGUAUGCAUGCAAAACAUGCACACCUGAAGGGAAUGCCGGCAUAUGUCUAGCUUGCAGCUAUGCUUGUCAUGAAGGACAUGAACUGUAUGAGCUCUACACAAAAAGAUAUUUUACAUGCGACUGUGGUAAUGAAAAGUUUGGUGAAAAUAAAUGUGCUCUAUACAAGGAAAAGAAAGCUUUGAACUGUAGCAACCAUUACAAUCAGAACUUCAAGGGAGCUUACUGCUCUUGUCACAGGCCAUACCCAGAUCCAGAAGAUUCAAUUGAGGAUGAAAUGAUCCAGUGUAUUGUCUGUGAGGAUUGGCUACAUGGGAGACACUUGAAGACAUCUGUUCCUGAGGAGUUUGAUGAGAUGAUUUGUCCUGAUUGUAUGUCCAAGUAUUCUUUUCUCUGGGCAUAUACAUUAACAGAUGAAGAUGCUCCUGUUGACAUCGAGGAUGAGCCUGUACAGUCAGCUGGAGUCAAGAGAAAACACACAGAAUCAUCUGAGGGAGAAGAGGCAAAAAGGCUCAAGUUAAUGGCCAGUUGCAAGCAUGAGACUAGUCAAAGUAGCAAGCAUCAAAAAACUGAUGAAUGUUUAGUAAAAGCUGGAGAAAAAUAUACUUUGGAUAUUCCAGAUCAUGCAACAUUUUGGCAGCAAGGCUGGAGGAGCAAGUUGUGUCAGUGUCAGCAAUGCAUGGAAAUGUACACAGAAAAAUGUCUGGAGUUUCUCAUUGACGAGACUGAUACAGUGCAUGCAUAUGAAGAAAAGGGAAGAAACUCCGUCUCACCAGAGGAGCCUGAAAGUUCCAUGUUGACUGGCAUGGACAGAGUCCGACAGAUAGAAGUUGUCAGAGGCAUUAUGGAUUUUAAACAAGAGCUGCAAGAAUUUCUAACAAGUUUUGCUCAGGAGAGGAAGGUUGUUACAGAAGCAGAUAUCAGAGAAUUUUUCCAGCGAAUGAAGAGCCGCAGAAGAGAACAGAUGAUUUUCCCUCAAAAUAACUGCAGAUAAAAUCCCUGUAAACUCUCAGUCAAAAACUAAUUUUUAUAGCCAUCUAAUUAUACAAUGUCAGAAUAAAGCAGUAAACAUCA